AUGGGUUCAGUCUCAAACGGCACCCCAAGCAAUGUUCUCGGUAAGGAAUGGACGGAGCAGGUCAUCAACUCUAUGGGCCCCAAGACGGAGCCCAGGCUGAGAGAGGUUAUGUCGUCGCUGAUUAGGCAUGUCCAUGACUUUGCACGGGAGGUCAAGCUUACCACAGACGAGUGGAUGCUGGGUGUUGAGAUGAUCAACCAGGCUGGUCAGAUGAGCAACCAGAAGCGUAAUGAGGGCCAACUUCUCUGCGACGUCAUUGGUCUGGAAUCGCUCGUGGAUGACAUCACCUAUCAAGAGGCUACCAAGUCUGGUGGUUCAGCAACCGCCUCUGCCAUCCUGGGGCCCUUCUGGAGACACGACACCCCCACCCGUGAGAAUGGCACUACAAUUACCUUUGAUACCCCCAAAGACGGCCAGGUUGCCUUCCUGCACGGCCGUGUGACCUCUGCCGAUACUGGAAAGCCUCUAGCAAAUGCCUCUGUUGAGGCAUGGCAAGCCUCGACUAAUGGUCUCUAUGAGCAGCAAGAUGAAAACCAAGUAGAGCACAACCUUCGCGGAAAGUUCAUUACUGACUCCGAGGGACGCUUCUCGUUCUACUGCUUGCGCCCUACUCCUUACCCCGUUCCGGAAGAUGGCCCUGCCGGAAAGCUGUUGAAAUUGAUGGACCGUCACACUUUCAGACCUGCUCACAUUCAUCUCAUUGCUAUCGCUGAGGGUCACAAGCCGAUUACCACCCAGAUCUUUGAUGACAAAUCUGACUACCUUGACAACGACUCUGUCUUUGCCGUGAAGGAUGACCUGACUGUCACUUUCGUGCCGCGCAAGAAUGACCCUCAGGCCCAGUGGGAGCUGGAGUACAACCUGAGCUUGGCAAGCGCUUAA